UGCGGCCAUCCCUUAGCUCAAUCAAGAUGGUUCGCUUCAUGCUACUUCUCCUAGGUGUCCAAGGGCUGAGCGCCUUAUCUGGGCGAUCAGACUGUGACUGGAAAGUUUUAGAUGAGGCCGCCUCAAAUUUCGUGUUCGCGGGAGCGAACUCCACCAUGCCCGUGACUUCAGAAGAACUCGACGAAGUUUGUAAAAUUGCCGAAAACGCCAUCGCGCUGUGCGAAAGUUUUGCGAAGGACUGUACUAGUGGUCUGGAAGCGGCAAUGAUUACGAUAUUCCUCGAUGCGGCCAAAAAAGAUCGCCAGGAGCGCUGUGAGUGGAACCGAGAAGAGUACUUGGAUGUUGCGACGUGUCUCCAGGAGGAAGCGUCGGAAGGACUCAGAUUUUGCAAUGCGAGGCAAGCCGGCUAUCUUCAGGCCGUUCUGAGGAAGGAAAAGAAGAUCCGCGUUCCGCUCGCGUGCUGUUAUCAGAAGCAGUACGAACUGUGCAUCAACAGAGCUAGCUCGAUUUGCGGAAGAAAAUACAUGAGAUACACGAAGAAGGUCAUAAGCAUAAUGUCUGACGAGUUGAAGGAUACGGCAUGCAGGAAGUACACAAAAAAUCCCGAUUUGUGUGACGAGCUGCCCGCUGUGAGGCCUGUUAGACAGCCUAUGUUCUCUACAAUAAUUCCUGCCCUUGUGAAGAUUGUGGGCCUGAACUGAGGUCAACAUGGAAAGACUGUUUGAGCAACGGAUACCCAGAAUAUUGAGCUGAGAGCUGUCGCCCGUUCCGACGAAUAAACGUUAUCAGCACCAU